AUGGGGUUGCCAGGUGUCACGGUGGAUGAGGGCUCCUUGGUAUUAAUUGCCCUCAUCGCAGCCUUACUCGUAUAUGCUAAGGUGCAACAGUACCUGAAUACACCUGCGCUGAAUCCGUUGAUUCUUCAGCGGCAAUCGGAGGCCUCGGCUGUGCAUCUGCCGCGUGAGUCGCCAGUCUACCGAAAUGUGAAUGCACAGAUCGGAUUUGACUUGGCUAUGCGUCCCAAGCGCUCUGUUCCGACGGUAGCAGCGCUCCUUGCGCGUGGUGCCACAGGGAAGGAGCUGUCGCAUACUCGUCAUGUCCUGGAUAGCUCGCUCAGCAACAGUGAGGUUAGAGCACAGGCUGUAGACUUUAUGAAUGGUGUAUGCACGUUGCUCAAGACAGACUCACCGGUUAUUGUGGUGUGUGGCCUUCUGCAUACGUCGCACUCGCUUAUCGCUUUGGUGGCUUCGUCGGUUUGUGGAAAGGGGCGUACGUUGGUCAUCCCCCCUGGCCAGGCGCCUACAUCGCUGCCCCAGGACAUCGAUCUGGCCAAGACCGCUGUGGUGUGCAUCGACACACCUCUGCUCCCAAUUCUUAAGGGAGCUGGCUUGGUUGUGGCGCGAGCCAAUGGUGAGAUCCAGCAGACGGUGGUGGAAUGGGACGACGUGACAGGUGCAUCGACUCAGCAUGACGUGCCAGAGGUGCCGGAGGUCACUGGUCUUCAGAGCUACGACUUGGAUAUGAUGGGAGCCGAGAUGUUCGCGACGUUUUGGGAUGGGCGCAGUGCGUGGGUCGACACGACACAGACAUCCAUGACGUCUGGUGUGACGGCCUGGUUGAGUGAGUACCCGGCGCAUGACAUUCCUACUAUGAACGAUGUAAUGCUGAGUGAUGCGAUGUGGGCACGCUCUGUGCCUGCCCCUGCCUACGUCUCGUUGCUGCUCACGGCCCUAUACACGGGGGCAGGCAUUGCGGUGGAACCAUCGACGCAAUUGGUAUCGCGCGUGCGGUCUCUGCGUCCUACACUGUUAUACCUCAGCACGUACGGUGCGCAGAGCAUUGAACAGAGUCUCUGGAUUCCCUCCACAGGCUCGAUCUUUCAUGCACUGAUGCGUCGUAUCAAUAUGGAUUUGCUGCGCAGCGGAAUUUUGCCCAAGGGACGUAUCCUGGACCGGUUGGUAUGCCGUGAUUUGCGUGUGCGUCUCGGUCUGGAAGAUGUUCGGGCGGCUGUGCUGGUAGGCAACGGACAUGCAGCAGAGCAGUCACUACUUGAUGGGCUACGUCUGUACCUCGGUGUGCCGGUAAUGCAUGCGUACCUGCCAGAACAUAUGGCGUCCAAUGGUCACGCGUCGUUGGUCACAGCACCUGUCUCUACGUCCAAUAUGCUUGACCUGCAAGUGUUUGCGCCCCAGGCGGUGGAUGACAGCUCCGGAAAGUGCGUUGGUGCGCAGGUGGGCCCCCCAUCUGUGUCUCUGGAACUUAAGCUCGUGGAUGACACGCCGGCCGUCAAGAAGCAUGCGGCGGCGAUCGAGAUGCUGCGUAAAGACUCGCCAGACGACCCUAUGGGCGAAGUGUAUAUUCGUGGCUACACUCUCACUGCCACGGGUCAUGACAAUACGACGAUUUCGCCAUGGCAUGCGACAGGCGAUGUAGCAAUGAUGCGUUCCAACGGUACGUUGGUAAUCAUUGCCCCGAGCUCAGCGGAGGAGGCAGGUAUGCUUCCCAACACGAUUUCCGCGACGGAUGCGAGUGAGCGCUUGGCCCAGCGUCUCAAGUCGAGUGCGACCAAGGUCAAAGCUGCGACGCCGGCUAUGCUUAGUAUGCUUUUGUUGCUGUGUGCAACGCCAAGUGUGCAAGCGUACUCGUCGCCUAUGCAUCACCAUGCUGCCAUGCUUACGCGCCGCGCGAACUCGGGUGACGCACCGGCUACGAACAUGACGAUGAUUAAUAUUGCUAUCAGUGGUCUUGAGACAUCGCAGCGUGCGUCGUGGGAGCAGGGUGCUAUGCAAUCUGCGAUAAUUGAGUUUUACUACCCGAUCUGGAGUGUCUUUGCAAAGAAGGACAAGGGCGUGUACCCCGAUGCGAACUCGCUGAGCUUGAGUGACCACCCUGUGGACCUUGUGCGUCUUGCGAGCCAGAGUGUAUCUGGGCAGGAUCGUUCGGGUCGUUUGGCUAGUGAGAUUACCGGUGAUGAGCAGAUGGGCCAAGGUGCGUCGAUGGAUUCGUCAAGCUGUGGUGAGGGUGUGUUGAUCGGUGCCUGGGUCAACAACGAGAUUCAGAACAACGCACUGAACCCCAAUGGCUUCUUUAGCGGUGCGGCAGAAAGGCAGUUGAACUACUUGCUCACCAAUGUAUCGCGUGCAGGCAAUGGAGCCAUCAGCCAGCGUGCUGCGCUGAAUGACGUGCAGCUGUGGUCCGAUUCGGCAUACAUGGGUCCCCCCUUCUUUGCCUUGUAUGGCCUGUUGUCGAACAACCAGAGCCUGGUCCAGCUUGGGUACGAUCAGCUGCGACUGCAGCGCAAUGCGUUGCGUCGUGCUGAGGGUGGCGGUUUGAACUUGUGGCAGCACAUUGUGCAGUUGGUCGCUCGCCCGCCCAAUGCGCCGCCACGCCCUGUGGAUCCGCGUGCUUGGCUUACAGGCAAUGGCUGGGCUGCCUCUGGGUUGCUGCGUGUCGCUGCGAUUAUUCGCGAGAGUCCGUGGGCGGAGGCUAUGACGACACAGUACAAUGACCUCAUUGCGUGGGCGGACGAAAUCAUAGAGGCGGCCUAUGGCUAUGCGGACCGCAACACUGGCCUGCUGUACAAUGAAGUGGACAACUCGACGUCGUUUUUCGAUGCAAGUGGCUCGGCUCUCAUGUCAUACGCGACGUUCCGUCUGGGCAGCAUGGAGCCAGGUCGUCGUGCGCACAUUGACACCGCGGAAAAUGCGUACAAGACGCUGUCCACUGCGCUGGAUCCGGCUAGCUCGUUUACCAAUGGCAUCCAGACUGUGAAUGAGCUCUCGUCCGGGGCGCCUGGCCCGACUUCGACAGAGAGUCUUGCCUUCAUGGUUCUGAUGUCGGCGGCUCGUCGUGACUAUUAUGCGGGCAACACGACCGGCGCCAACGGCACCAUCAAAGCGCCCACAACCUCGACGGACAAUGGCGCGCUGGGCGGCCUCGCUUCGUCGUCGGCUAUGAUGUCAUGGGCAUUGGCCAUGGCUUCGGCGCUAGCACUGACGUGGAUCAUGUAA